CAAACAAACAAAUGUUUUCUUUGAUAGAUUGUGGCUCAGUAGUAAACAAUACCAUUAAAAGUCCUGGAUAUCCAAGCUACUACCCUAACAGUAUUGACUGCAAUUAUUCGAUUCCAAUUCCAAACGGUCUGGUUAUGGAAAUUAAUUUUCACGACUUUGUCGUCGAAGAUCAUCGACAUUGUGGGCAUGAUCAUGGAAAUAAAGAGGCUGAUAUAGUACUAAUUAUUUAUAGAUACGACUAUUUGAUAAUCAGCAAUGAAGAUGGCCACACAUUUGGAGUGUACUGUGGUGAUAGAACCGGCAAAAAAGUUCUUGUGACCGGAGACCUCGUCGUAAUAAAAUUCCACUCUGACCGUUCUGCCCCAAGACGAGGAUUCGUCAUGGUGUUUACUGCCGUUUCACUAGGUGAGCUAGCCUGCUAUGCAGGCAUUUUCCGUGUGUUCACGAAUUAUAGCGGUAUUAGCUCGCGAUCGAGUAGAUUCGCCGCCAUGUUGGUUGAGAAAAAGUGGGCGGGAAGGGAGUGGGGGAAGAAGAGGAACAAAAAGCUCCACACCGCACCAUUCAGAGACUCUGUAAUUGGACGAACGGCGUUUCUCGAAGAAACAGUGACCUCCGGCAGGUGUAUUUUUCCUUCCCCUCCCCUUUCCCGUUACUCCUCUUUCAGCCUAACACCCACUCCCUGGAAUGGUACACAAUCAUUGCCUUUGAAAGAGUGUGGAUCAGUGGUAAACAACUCACUGGAAAGUCCCGGAUAUCCAAACAACUAUCCAGACAAUACACACUGUGUUUACGAGGUUCCUAUUCCACAAAACAUGGAGAUUAACAUUUACUUCAGCGACUUUGAAGUGGAGCAGGGUCCAUUUUGCAGCUACGACUAUGUGCAGAUUAUCAAUGACAAAAAUGAGACAAUUGGAGUGUAUUGUGGCUCGCAUACGGGACAGGACCUCCGUUUAAAUGGUCGCCACGUGAUUCUAAUAUUCCAUUCAGACUACAGCCUUCAGGAAAGAGGAUUUCUGAUAGCACUUAGAUUUAGUCCAAUCUUAUUUCAUGUCACAUUGUGUCAUUGUAGCUACGACUAUGUGCAGAUUAUCAAUGACAAAAAUGAGACAAUUGGAGUGUAUUGUGGCUCGCAUACGGGACAGGACCUCCGUUUAAAUGGUCGCCACGUGGUUCUAAUAUUCCAUUCAGACUACAGCCUGCAGGAAAGAGGAUUUCUGAUAGCACUUAGAUUUAGUCCAAUCUGUAAGUAAAAUAAAAAAUGCAGCUUGUUCCUCCUCUGUAGAGAUUUUGAUUUGUUGUUUACGAAGCAUGCUUUGCUAUCCAGUGACAUUCAGAAAGCAGAAAUCGAAUGCGGAAUGAAAUUUGCAGUGAUUAGUAGUUGUUUAGCACCCGAAGUCUCAAUAUACUCAAUAUUCUAGACGAUCGCUUGGGGAUUUUAAAACUGUGACCAAAUAGAGAGGUCCAUACAUCGUAGACUUUCACACACUAACAAAGGCCGCUAAUAAGUGGCAUCUCAGCCAAAAGUGAAGCAACUGUGCAAGGGCGGGGGAGUGCUCCCUCAUAUGGGCUAUAUAGGUAUGUACGGCCCCAAAGGGGAUAGAUUUUCAGCCGUUUUGGUCAGAAAAAGGGUUUCGAUUUAU